AUUUCUACGUAAAAUAAACGGAGUUUUGACUUUCAAAAAUCAAGCGACAUCGUUAUUAAGAUAGACAUAAACAUUUUUCUAUCGAAUAUAUUAAACAUAAUGUUAUUUUCUUCAAAUGUAAAACAUUUCUAACGUGCAACUGAAUAUUGGGAAAUCCCGAUGACAGAAUACAGUGAUUUCCUUCGCUUUCGCUUUGUUUACCAUUGUCCUGCCUGCCUGUGUCCUUUCAGUCAUAUCAACAAGGCUUGCUUUUCAAACGCGUUGCCCGUCUUUGGAUGUCACAUUUGUGUGGAUGUGCUCUCAUAUCAACUGCUUGAUACAAAGAUCAGACCGCAUUCUUUUCGUUCCUGAGUCUCACAACACAUCGUGUUAUCUCACCAUGGUACAACAUGCCAUGGAUUGCGUGGCCGCAAUUACCAAGGACGCUGUAUGAUACUUCUACUUCUGUUGACAAAACAACGUUUACAAAGCUCGGAAAGUCUUUCAAUUUAAUGUGACACCUGACCAAGAACCAGUUUUUGGUUAUUUAAUUGUUAUUUUUAUAUUUUAGAUAGGCCUACAAUUCUAGGAUUUUUUGUACGAGAGUCUGCUCGGAUCCUUCUGUGAAAUCUUUGUUGUUAGUUUGAACCAUCGGUCUCGGUCUCGUCAAGUCACAACAAUUGUCAACAUGUCAGUCUUUUGGCAAGUAUCAAGGCAUGUUUAUCACCAGUGUGCUAGAACCUCUGCUUCUUUAUCACGCUUUGUUGGCUCACGGCAGUAUUACACGCAUGGUAUAAACCCAGUGGCAUCUCAAAUAUUUCUGAAAAAGAGAGCUAAACUUGUGGCUGAGGCCGUCAGUGCAAAUCGCACUCGUUUAUUCUCCACAAGCUGGAGACAUUUGGUCUCCUCCUCUGAUGGAAAGAAAAGAGUUGGCGCAAUCACUCCACGCCUUGCUGUAUCAUACAAAUGUAAUAUUUGUGGCAACAGAAACACUCAAGCCUUUUCCAAGAAAGCGUACGAGGAAGGGGUGGUAAUUGUGAAGUGUGAAACAUGCCAAAGUAACCACUUAAUGGCUGACAACCUUGGAUGGUUCAAAGAUGUGAAUAAAAGAAACAUUGAAGAGAUACUUGCUGCAAAGGGAGAGGAAGUCAAGAAGCUCAGUUCAUUUGACAUUCCGCGUGAAAUAUUGGAGAAGUUGGAUUCGACCAAGGAAGAGUAGCUGUCAAACUAAAACUGAUGGACACGUUUGACUGAUUUACAAAUGUGUUUGUCUUUCAAAUUACACUGCUAUUGAUCUGACUUCAAAGUGUUUAUUGAUGAUGUUUUAAAUUUAUUUUGUUUAGCUGCCAUUGUCUUUGUAGAUUUCAGAUGUUUUUGGUCCUUUUGAAACUUGAUGUGUUUUCAUAGACGUGAGAUGAACUUGUUGUUAAAGUGGGGUGGAGUUGCAGAAAACUGAGAUUGCCACCGAUUUUAGGUGAAAAGAAAAGCCUACAAAAACAUUUUGUGUGUUUCAUUGACAUUAGAACAUGUCUCCUGGGAAGCUAAAAAUUCCUGACAAUCAGAUGUUGACAAACGAGUGAAAAAAUAAUGAUAGAUCACGUUUUGUCUUUUUAGUACCAAAAAAAAAA